GGUCAUCCAAGAAGUUAUCGCUAGGGUUUCAAAAGAAGGGAGGGAUUCUAGAUCGGCUCCGCCGCCAAGAUGUCUCGUGUUUACGUGGGCAAUCUUGAUCCGAGAGUUACUGAGCGAGAGCUGGAGGAUGAGUUUCGUGUGUUUGGAGUUCUGAGAAGUGUAUGGGUUGCAAGAAAGCCACCAGGCUAUGCCUUUAUUGAUUUUGAUGAUCACCGGGAUGCUCAAGAUGCAAUUCGUGAACUAGAUGGUAAAAAUGGAUGGAGAGUUGAGCUUUCUCAUAACUCCAGAGGUGGUGGUGGCCGUGGUGCCAGCCGGCCACGCGGCAGAUCUGGUGGUGGUUCUGACAUGAACUGUUAUGAGUGUGGCGAACCUGGUCACUUUGCCCGUGAGUGCCGCUUGCGCAUUGGACCUGGAGGAUUAGGUAGCGGAAGAAGGCGGAGCCGUACUCCACCAAGAUAUCGCCGAAGUCCUAGCUAUGGCCGAAGGAGCUACAGUCCACGUGAUCGUUCACCUAGGCGUCGCAGUGUGUCACCACCCCGCAAGCGCAGCUACAGCAGAUCUCCAGUGUAUAAGCGUGGCCGGGAGGAGUCACCAUAUGCCAAUGGGGACAGGCGCCGCAGCCGAAGCUAAACAAAUGAAGUUGUGACUAGAGCCUUCAUCGGUCUUACUGUUAACUGUUUGCGUUUAUCCGCUCGUUAGAACUAUGUUUGUUAGAAAUGCUUCUCGCCAGCACAACUUCUUGAAUUUGGAUAAGUUUCUUUAAACUCUAUUUAUACAUGACUAUCUUUUAUUUGCCCAAAUAUAUUUACUUAGUUUCGAGUUGAACUUAAUGCUUUGUAGGUUUACAAUGAUGCUUGCACUAAGAUUUAUAUCUUCUUUUGUUUUGAGGUGUGGUCCUCUGCUUUAACGGCUUGCUAGGCCACUACACAUGGUUAAGUUUCUUCUUCGCACUCAUUCUGCUGUCGUCUGUCAAAGUCUUCGGACAAAUAGUCUUCCUCCUUUUGCCUCUAGCUUCUGUUUACUCUUCAGUUGUCGGCUUUGUUGCACGCCAUCGCGUCCCAUCGAGAUGUUUUGAGGUGUGGUCCUCUGCUUUAACGGCUUGCUAGACUACUACACAUUGGUUAAGUUCCUUCUUCGCACUCACCCUGCCAUCAAAGUCUUCGGACAAAUAGUUCUCCUCCUGCGUCUAGCUUCUAUUUGCUCGUCAAUUAUCGGCUUUGUUGCACGUCAUGGCUUCUCGUCGAGUUUUAUUAGAAGGAUCGCCUAGCUGCUUCCAUCGUUAAGCAGGUAAUCCUGAACUGUUGUUGUAAUGCAAUUAAGCAUUUCGUAUUCUUACGAGCAACAACUUCAGGAUUGAAGCAUCGGCUCGCUUGCUUCUUUGAUACUGCACAUGACCUUUUCUACCUUCUGAUUCAUAUGGCAGCAUCGUCCUAAAGCCGGAAUUCCCUUCUCUGCUUGGCAUCUCCAAAGAUUAUUAUUUUUGCUGUGAUUGAUUAAAAAACAACCCAUUCCCUGUCCGGUAUUCGGUCUGCCUGCCGUCAUCCAUUUGCGAAGUUGUGCCUCUUCUUGUCCAUAUCAAAACUUCAUUGCCUUUAAAAUCUCUCGAUUUUUUACUGUUUUCCCAUUGCAGUUUAAUGACCUUGUUUUAUUGUUUUUCUGGUGUCAGUUAAUAUGUAUUUUUUCAAGGGCAAGUAUUUUUUCCGAAUGGUGGUGGCAGUGGUGCUCUCAGUCCCUUUUCUUUUAUGUAUGUUUAAAUUUAUCAGACUUCCUAAUUGCUGGUUUUGAUUUUAA